CCAAAAAUCUAUAGGUAAUUAAGCCUGAAAAAAACAUUGAAUUAAAGCGGUGUUACAUUGUUGUUGGACGAUCCAUACCAAUACCAUUCCCGCCCUGAGUGAUAGAAACUGAAACAUAGAGAGGGAAGAAAUGGUGCGGAAGCGACUGCUGCUGCUGCUGAAGCCCUUUGAUGUCUAUCCAUCUUAUGAAACCACCACCACCUCUAACCGUCACAAGGUAUUGAGAUAUUUAUAUAACAGGACGUUGGCUCACAAAAAUGCCAUUAACUUCUGCCAGAAUAUUUUGAAGAAAAAAUCCGUUGAAUGGAAAACUGCUUUCCGUGGUGAUCUUUCUGAGCCUAUCCCUGAUGUUGAUCUGGUCAUUACAGUUGGAGGUGAUGGCACACUAUUACAAGCAAGCCAUUUGAUGGAUGAUUCAAUCCCAAUUCUUGGAGUAAAUUCUGAUCCCACUCAACCAAAAGAAGUAGCAGAAUUCAGUGAAGAGUUUGAUGCAACAAGGAGCACUGGAUAUCUUUGUGCUUCCACUACCAGCAACUUUGAACAGGUAGUAGAUGGUAUCCUUGAGAAUCGCGCUGAACCAUCCGAAUUAUCACGGAUGGCCAUUACUAUCAACUCAAAGCCUAUUCCAACCUAUGCUCUCAAUGAUAUUCUACUCGCACAUCCAUGUCCUGCAGCAGUUUCUCGAUUCUCAUUUAGGAUCAAGAAAGAUGGGGAACCCUCCUCUCUACAUCACUCGAGAUCAAGUGGCCUCAGAGUGUCAACAGGCGCUGGAUCAACGGCUGCAAUGCACUCUACUGGUGGAUUCACAAUGCCCAUUUUAUCGAGGGAGUUGCAGUAUUUGGUGAGGGAGCCCAUUUCUGCAGGGGAUUCUUCACACUUAACACACGGGUUUGUGAAAUCAUACGAAACGAUGGAUAUCUCCUGGUUUUGUAGAGAGGGGCUCCUGUUUAUUGAUGGUUCGCAUGUGGUCCAUUCCAUUCAGCUUGGAGAUACAAUAGAACUAUCUUCCAGGGCUCCGCAGUUGAAAGUAUAUUUGUCACCCCAUUUGUUAUCACGUGUCGAAUGAAUAUACAUAUACAUACACAUACUAUAAAUGUACGAUUUUCCACAAGUAGUUUGCAGAUGAAAAUCACAAUGUUGCGUAUCCUAA